UAAGAGCAAGGCCUGUUCCUGAUUUCAAAACCAUCUCCCACAAUCUCUAUUACUAGGGAGAUUCUCCCCACCCCAGUACAGGGACUAUGUAGGCAUCUUGAGCUCUGAGGCUUUAAAAGGAUCUUCUUCCCCGUGAGCAUUUUGACACUAGGGACUCUGCUCAGUUGGCCACUGAUCAAAUUUCAUAUUACACCAGUCCGCUUGAUGGUCUGUCUAUAAAAAGAAUAAUUUCCUAGUGUGGUUUGCAGAUAGUUCAGUUCUGUUCCAGAAGAGGAACAACAAAAGCUGCUGUUCCAAUGCCAGUGAAAGGCAAGAGAUGAUUGCUACUUUUGUCCCUUGUUUUUGUUGGAGCGAGCAGCUUCGUCCUCCAUGAAUGGGGCCGUGAGAGAGUAUAUGGAAUCAAACCAUUGGUCCAUUGCAGGCUCAGCAGCUCUGCAGGGUUUGAAGUAGAGGGUCUUUUCCUAGCCCCAGGACAGCCCCCCAUAGCCACACCCACCUAGGAGAAUCCAAAAACGCAGACAGCUGUGUUGAUCAUUUUCUCUACAUCUGGGGUCAACCAAUCUGUCCUUGAGGACUUCCCCCAGUACCCACGAAGCCUCUCUGCUGCUCCCCUCCACGCACGCACUGCCCCCUUUGGCACAAAGUGGGCGAGAGCAAUUACGGUUUUAUCCUUUGAAAAACACAUCAAGACGAAAGCGGAAGUGGGAAGAGCCACACUCCUUCCCACUUCUUUAUUCCCUACAGCUCUAUGUGCUUUUUAAGCAGCUGAAUAGAAAGUGACGGAGAGGGUCGAAAGCUGAAACUCCAUUUUCAGCAUCUUUGCACUAACUGACAUCAAUAGCAAGGAGAAAUGAAGUCUAGUAAACACUCAACACUGGGAAACUGCCAGAGAACUACAACCUAAUCAAUAUAACUGGGUCAUUGCUAAUCUGCUUCCUUCCAAAGUCAUUGCAAAUAGCCAGAGCUGGACACAAUCAGCCCCUCUCUCAAGACCCAUUGUUCUCCAUGAGGUGCAGUUGCACUCAGGAAGUCAGGCAAGAUCAAGGGGAGCAUUACAACAAUGAAGCUGAAUGAGCGUAGCGUGGCACAUUAUGCCACGUGCAACUCUCCAGCAGACCACACUGGUUUUCUCUGCAAGCGUGUGGAGCGCCACCACCACCACCACACCACGUCCUACCACCGCCGCUGGUUCAUCCUCAAGGGCAACUUGCUUUUCUAUUUUGAAGAGCAGGAGAGCCGCGACCCCCUGGGCCUCAUUGUGCUGGAGGGCUGCACCGUGGAGCUGUGUGAGGCUGCUGAGGAGUUUGCUUUUGCCAUCCGCUUUGAUGGCACUGGUGGCAAGGCCUAUCUGCUGGUUGCCGACUGCCAAGCUGCUAUGGAGGCUUGGGUGAAGGCACUUUCACGAGCCAGUUUUGAUUACAUGAGGCUAGUGGUUAAGGAACUAGAGAAACAACUGGAGGAAGCUAGGAAGAGCUUGAUUGCCUGUCACAAAUCACCAAAAAAAUCUUCCUCUGGUCGGAAGAGACAUCUUUCCAAUCCCACUAUGGUACCUGUCCAGGAGCACCCUGCCAUUUUGGAAAAUGGUUAUUCCACAUGGGACAAUAGUUGCACUGUUGCAGGAGUUGUUUUGGACCAUGAUGUGGGAUAUUUGAAGCCCCCACCUCUACCUCCUCGCCGAAGACCAGCUUGCGGCAAUGCAGGUGGAGUGCUUGCUCCAGGCCUUGGUUCUGCUGUGCAGGAGAGCCCUGUGUCUCCCGAGACCGCCUGUUUCUCAAAGUUGCAUGAUUGGUAUGGUCAGGAGAUAGCAGAAGUGAGAAAGGAAUGGCUGGAAAGCCAGAAGAGAGUAGAAAUGUGAACAUAUUGAGGAAAAGUAUUUGAGGGGAGAAUGGGGAGAACGAGCGAAGGUAAAAUGGACAUCAAACAGGGUUUCACAGCGCUCUUGAUGCACUUGUGGAUUUGCUCCUAGACAACAUAAUUGCCAAAGAACCUGUAUUGCUGUAAUUGAAGAUAUAUGUAUGCUUUGGAUUACUCUUGCAACUUAGUAUAUCCAGGAGAUCUAGAAAUGGCCAGAAUAUCCCUGAAACCUAACUAUAUACCAUUUGUAACUCAAGCAAUGUUUGCAAGAGGCUAUGGUAUACAUUUUUUAAACAUUGAUGUAAGGCUGAAGAUGGUGCUGUCAUGAAUCAAGUGGCUUCUUAAAACAUGAGAGGAAUCUGUGAAUCUCUCCUAUACCACAUAAUUCUAUUAAUGGCGUUCAAUCUAUAUAUUCCAGUUGCUUUAAGGUUUAUACUAGACUAAUAAUACUAGUCAUUUAUAUAGCACAUUUCAAAUGUUCAAAAUGUUUCACAUACAUUAUGUAAAGGUUACUGACAACAACCUGAUAAGGUAGGCUAGUAUCUUUAUCUCCAUAUUGCAGAUGGAGGGCAAAGCAGAGAGAAUAGUAGCUUGCCUAAGACCACCUGUUGCCAAGUGAAAUUGGCAAACACAGGAAUUUCCCAGCUCUUAGUCAAAAUGUUGUGCUAGACCUUACAAAACAAAAAAGUUGACUCCCAAGUUCCAUAAGCCAGGUACGCCCCUGUCCUCCCUAAUUUCUUCUGCUUUCUCUACAUUUUCUGAGUCAGUUUUUGAAAAUUAACCUCUUUGAGAGGCAACAUGACUGGAUAGCAGAAGCAAAGAAUUAGGGGCAGUUACUCUCACAAGUUUCAUAAUAAUAAUGAUGUGUGAGCAUUUAAUCACUCAGAUCCUCAGCAUCAUCAUUUAUAGCCAGGAUGGGGAACCUUUUCCAGUCUGAGGCCACAUUCCCUUCUGGGCAGCCUUCCAAGGGCCAUAUACCAGUGGUAGGCAGGGCCAGAAGCAAAUUAGACAGAGAAAUUAAUGUAAAUUUUAUCUUUGUACAAUAGGCUGGUUUCUACACGCAGACACACAUCCCUCACUCCAUCCAGACAAGCAAGAGGCAUUAUUGGAGUUCAAGGACACAUUCCAUCCACGGAAAAACACAGUGUGCAAAGUAGGGCCAGUGAUGUGUGGUUUGGAAAGAGUUCCAAGGGCCAAAUAGCGAAGCCUGGAGGACCACAUUUGGCCCUUGGGCCUGAUGUUCCUCACUCCUGAUGUAUACAAUAGAACCCUAAGGAUGGUCUCGUGCUGUGUUUGGUAUCUCUCUAAAGCACUCUGCUCUCUUUUAAGUUUUAUCCAUAACUGUAUUACAGGCUUUUACAUAGUUAACAGAAAGUCCAAUGUGCACAGCUGAGGAUUCAGUGCUGAAUGUCCAUAAUACUUUCUUGUGCAAUAAUUACAGAAAGAGGAAAUUAUUGUAACCCAAGCUGAAUAUAGGAGCCAUACCGGAUGGACUAAGAGAGAGCUUAAAAUAAGCAGGUUGAGGAAUAGUAUAAACCUAGAAGAGGCUUUUAAACUUCUCAGCCAUUGCAGCCACAAUCAGUGGAUUGUGAGUUUUGUAGUCAUCUAUGAACCAUAACUUAAAUAAUGGCAAUAGAAGCUGGAUGCCUUGUUCUAUGGUGUCCUCCAUACACUGCCUUUAUAUCAUAUUGCUGUUUUCUGAUCUUCGGGAUCAGGUUUGUUCUUUAAUGGUCUUGCACAUUAAUGGCCUUAACUAUAACUAAUUGUUGAGCCAACAAAACUAUUGUUUACCACUCCAUCAGGGGCUCAGACCAAUGCUGGUAAUAACCAUCUGUGCUGUUACUUUGUGGGCAGUGGCAAUUUCCAGAUAAGAUGACUAUUCCAGCUGGGGAGAAAGAACCACCAUAACUGUUUUUACUAUGAUAAAAUCAAGCUGCCAUGGCAAAUAAGGUGGCACUUCCAACCCCAGUGAGAAGAGUUAACGACAUGAAGGAAGAAUGUAAUAUACAAUAUCUACCUAAAGAAAUUUUCCUUCAGGAAUGCUGAUCUGCAAUAAUGUUAGCAGCAGACAGUAUAUACUUACUAAGUUCAUACAACAAAUGAAAGCUAAUAACUUCAUGGUGCUCUACAUGUUAAAUUUGUUGGAAUGUUAAAUUUGCUUUGCAUUAAAUGUGUAUUACAUGUCCAUUUUUAAGAAGUGUGUUUGCAUGGCUUGUGUUUUACACUCAAAACAAUAUACAG